AUGGAUGACAGCAUUAACGACAAUGGCUUUACCAACAAUCAACUAAACAACAUUAAAACUGAACAACAACCACCACCACCACCAAAUGUACCCCAUCAUUUAACUCAAACAUUAAAUGAAUCAUCUUCAAAUAACAAUAAAAAAUCUACAACAACUACAACAACAACAAAUCGACCUAAAAGAUCAACUUUAGCUUGUAUAAGAUGUAGAACUCGUCAUAUACGAUGUCCAGGAGGUGAUCCAUGUAAAAAAUGUCAAUUAGCAAAAACUAAAUGUGAAUAUAUUGAAGCAGAUAAAAAAAUUGUUAUAUCAAUGAAAUAUUUAUCAAGAUUACAUGAUGAUAUAGCAAGAUUGAAAAAAGAAAAUGCAAGUUUAAGAAAUAAUAUCAAGGAAAUUGAAAAUAAUAACAACCAGAAUUCAAACGAUUCAUCAAUAUCAUCAUCAUUUAAACAAAAUCAUCCUUUUUCACCUUUAAAUCAAAUUCAUGCAACUGCUCCACCUAAUUCAUCAUCAUCAGCAAACAGUAAUAACAAUACUGGUAACAACCAAACUGGGGUUGAAGUUAUAAAUCCUUCAUUAGAUAAAUAUGGUAGAUUAAUUCAAUCAAGAACUGGAGAAAAAGUUUAUGUUGGAUCAUCAUCAAUGACAUUAUUUGGUUUAGAGAUUCAAAAUAUGAUACCUCCAAAUUCUUCAAUCAAUUUAUUAUCUCAAAGAUCAAAUUCAACGGAUAGUAACAACAAUAAUAAUAAGAACAAAUCAAAUCAUUCAAGUCCAGCAAAUUCACCAAAUGAUAUACGACAUAAUGAACCAAAAGAAAACAAGAUAUUAGAAAAAGAAGGAAAUGCUUAUAAAAUUACAUUAACUAAAACAAAUACAAGACCAGGAUUGUCAAUGAAUUUUUCAUUACCUUCAUAUUCUUAUGCUAUGUUAUUAGUUGAUACAUUUAUAAAUUAUAAUGAUGGAUGUUUUUAUUUUUUUAAUGAAGGAUUGAUUAAACAAUUUUUGUCAAAUUUAUAUAGUGGAAAAACUGAAGAAAAUAAAAAAAUUUUAAGAAGAAAUAAUACCACCACCAAUCAAGAUAAAAAGAAUAUUGAAGAUGAAACUAUAUUGGAAACUAUUUGGUUUUGUAAAAUUCUUUUAAUUUUUGCAAUAGGUGAAAUGUAUUUAGGUACAGAAUCAAAUACUCAUGCGAAAAGACAAAAAUUAGAAAAUAUGAAAAGAUCAAAAAAUAAAUUAUUAAAAGAAAAACAUACAUUACCAGGUUCAGGAUUUUUUUAUCAAUCUUCGGAAAUUUUUACAGGAUUAUUUGCUUCAGGAGCAAUAGAUAAUAUAACAAAAGAUGGAGGAAUUGAAGUUAUGUUAUUAUAUGCUUUUUAUUUACAAGUUGCUGAUUGUACUAUAGCAUCAUAUUUUUAUUUUGGUUUAGCCUUAAGAGCUUCCUUAAUCUUGGGGUGGCAUGUUGAUGCAGAAAAAGAAAAUUUAAAUAGAUUUGAAUUAGAACAUAGAAGAAGAAUUUGGUGGACUGUUUAUAUGUAUGAAAGAAUGUUAUCAUCAAAAGCUGGAUUACCUUUAAGUUUUGCUGAUGAUUCUGUUUCAACUGAUUUACCAAUGGAUUUUAAAAUUGAGCUUACAAAUUAUCCAAAAAAUGAAAAUGAUGUAAGAAAUUUUUAUAUUUUCCCACCUGCUGAUUAUAUAAAUAAUUGUGUUACAAUUACUCAAAUUAAUGCUGUAAUAUUAUCUUCAUUAUAUACAAAACAACCAAGUUAUAAUAUUUUACCAAUUGUUUCAGAUUUAGUUCAAAGAUUAAUCUUGUGGAAGAACUCAUUACCAAAUUAUCUUAAUGUUGAUUAUUCAAUUGAUGAACCAAAAGUUUCAAGAUUAAUUGUAAAUUUAAUGACUGAAUAUUUUCAAGGUAUAAAUUUAGCUGUAAGACCUUUAUUAUUUCAUUUUGCUUCAAAAAAAUUUAAAGAAUUAAAUCUGAACACAAGUGAAGAAAAUGAAAAUAAAUAUAUUGAUUUAACAAAAUAUUCAAAAAAUAUUUUAAGUUUAUUAAAUUCUUCAUUUCAAGCAUCAAUAAAUACAAUAAAAUCUAUUUGGUCAUUAGUACCAGAUAAUAUGGUUGCCCUUUUUGGUUGGAUGGAUAGAGAAUAUCUUUUCACAUCUGCAUUAACUUUAAUUUUAUUUAAUUCAUCAUUUGGUGUUCAUGAUGCAACAAAAUUACAUUUAGAUCAUGCUUUAAUUUUAUUUACCAAGAUGAAAAGAUUAGGUAAUUAUCCUGCUGCUUUAAGAAGAGCUCAAUUAUUGAAAUUAAUUAAAGUUUUAGAUUUUAAUGGUGUGAUGAUUGAUUUGUUAAAAAAACAUGAUGAAGAAUAUAUUGAUGUGGGUUUGUCACAAGAACAAGGUAAUGAUCAUAAUCAUCAACAUCAUGAUAAUCAACAACAACAGGAAGCACCACCACAACACGAUCAACAUCAAGAUCAGCACCAUCUAACUAACGAAAAUCAAGAUCAAACUCACCAACAACAAAAUCCAUUAACAAUAAUAGAUUUACAAAAUACAGAAUUUUAUAACAAUCCAGAUUUAACAAAUAUAGAAGGUUUAACAUUUUUAGAUGAAGAAACAAAAUUAUGGAAUGAAAUUUCAAAUGAAGCAGGUUGGUUAAAUUUUUAUAAUAAUAAUGAAUCUCAAAUUGAUGAUGAGAAACAACAAUUUUUUUUUAAUAAUAUUGAUCAUACUACAAAUUUGAAUUCUAGUUCAUCUAAUGGUUACUCUGAUAUUUUAAAUAAUGAUUUAGGUUAUAAUUUAGAUUAA